AUGACUGUCUUGAGGUUAUUACAGUACAAGUAUGUGCUCAUAGAGGUAUGUAUACAGAAACCCAAUGAAAGGGCAGUCGAUGAGGAAACCCAGGCUUACCAGAAGGGGAUUAAGGGUGAUGAGAUGACACAGUGUUACAUUUUGGCAUCUAUGUCGAAUGUUCUGCAACAUCAGUAUCAGUAUAUGCCUUCUGCCUAUGAUAUAAUGCAAAACUUCAAAGAAAUGUUUGGGGAUCAAAAUCGUAUUGCUAGGAAGACUGCUAUGAAGGAACUUAUGAAUACUACUAUGGCAGAAGGGACCCUAGUAAGGGAUCAUGUUUUGAAGAUGAUUAGUCUUCUUAAUGAGCUAGAGACCCUUGGAUCUAAAAUCGAUGGGGAAACCUAG